UUUCCCUCCACACAUUCACCCGUUGCCUUAUCUUUUGGGCUGUCUUUCUUUCCCUCCAAACACAGCCCCACGAAAACUCCCAAUGCAUCAGCAUCAUCAUCAUCAAAAAUCACCCCCCCACCUGAAGACCAUCAAACCCCUCGAUCAGCAGCUCCACACCCACCAUUGUAAUACCUCUUCUUCUUCUUCUUCUUCUUCUUCUUCUUCAGCUCCACCCUUGCUCUCAUAAUGGCUAGCAAGUUAUCCUUCACUUCAGCAUCCCCUCGUUUACACACAACCCCCAUUAAAAGACCCUUGGUUCCUAUUUCUUCUGUUGUGUCUUCUUUAUCUUCUUCUGCAAGGGUUCAGUCGGUUCAGUUCAAUGGAAGGCAUGUGUGCCUUCGACGCCGAGUUUUGCUGCUUUCCACCAAGGCCACUGCUGACCAACAAGACCAGGCUGAAGGAGCUGAUAUCGUCGACAGUAAAAUCCUGCCAUAUUGUAGCAUAGACCAAAAAGGGAAAAAGUCAAUUGGUGAACUUGAACAAGAGUUUCUUCAAGCCCUACAAUCAUUCUAUUAUGAGGGAAAAGCUAUAAUGUCGAAUGAGGAAUUUGAUAAUCUCAAGGAAGAAUUAAUGUGGGAAGGAAGCAGCGUUGUCAUGCUAAGUUCCGAUGAACAGAAGUUUCUUGAAGCUUCAAUGGCUUAUGUGGCUGGGAAACCAAUUCUGACCAAUGAAGAGUAUGAUAAUUUGAAGUUGAGGCUAAAGAUUGAAGGGAGUGACAUUGUAGUUGAGGGUCCACGAUGCAGUCUCCGAAGUAGAAAGGUUUACAGUGACUUGACAGUUGACUAUUUGAAGAUGCUUCUGUUGAACGUCCCAGCGACGGUUGUUGCGUUAGGAUUGUUUUUCUUCCUUGAUGAUCUGACUGGAUUUGAAAUUACAUAUCUGCUUGAGCUCCCCGAGCCAUUCAGCUUCAUUUUCACAUGGUUUGCUGCUGUGCCCCUCAUAGUUUGGCUAGCUCUAUCACUUACAAAUGUGAUUGUGAAGGAUUUUUUGAUCUUAAAGGGCCCAUGUCCCAAUUGUGGUACUGAGAAUCUCUCCUUCUUUGGCACCAUAUUGUCAAUUUCUAGUGGUGGCACCAGCAACAGUGUCAAAUGUUCCAAUUGUGGAACUGAACUGGUGUAUGACUCAAAAACACGCUUGAUUACAUUGCCAGAAGGAAGCCAAGCUUGAUUGGAGAAUAUAUAAUCCUCAAACUUGUGCAGGAUCAAUCCAGUUUUAAGGCAAUACAACAGUUACUAACCUAUGAAGUUGGAGAUGAAGGGCUUCACGUAUUGUAUAUACUCAAGAGUCAUCGUUUGUUAAGGGGAAAAAAAUUGCAGGUGUUUUACUCAACUGUUAGUUGCGUGUCAAUGUGUAUUUGUAAUUAUCCAUAUGCUCGUAAUGUACACAAAAUACAGGUUUAUUCGGUGGAAGUGGAAGAGCGAACUGCAUAACUUUGAUGAAAAUCCUAAUUAUAAAAAGCCUUGCAUGCAAAAAUUUUUAGCGACUUUUUUUA